AUGCUCGCAAAGUAUCAUUCCCAGUUGAAGAAUGUAAUUUUGGUGUUCCUCGAAGUGUGGAGAUUGGAUUUUCUUCCCGGAUCUGAUUGGAAGAUUGUUAGUUUCCUCAAAUUGGCAGUGUAUCCAAUGCUACUCAUAUCUGGUUGGUUCUUUGCCUUUUGGCACUAUCAAUACCAGAUGAAGGGCUUCGAAGAUGUUCUCGAUGUCGCCUUCACGAUUGUCUUUGUGAUUGCGUACUACCAAGUCUUGAUGGUUUACCUGAGUGUCAACGUAUCAAACAAGGAUGGCGUUUUCAAAGUGUUGGCCUACUUUGAUGAGUUGGUCACUGAAAAGGACACUGAAGUGUCACGGAUAAGAAUUAGGAUCCUAACACAGGUCCUGGGGAAUGCAGUGUUGUUUGCCAAAUGGUUCAUAACUGGUCUCAGCUCAGUGGGAGUAAUUGUGAAUUGCUACGAUCUCAACAAGACCGGAUUUACAUCUCCGAUGCUCUUUCUGAUUCCCGGCAUUCCGGAAGACAGCAUUUUCUUCUAUCCCGUCAACAUUAUAUUCCAAGUGAUCCUGUACUUUGCCGCCAUGGAGUUGAUCAUCAUUUCUGAUGCAGUCAUCAUGAUUAUCAUAAUGUAUUUUCAUGCUGAAUUGUUAGUAAUCACCGAACUUCUUCUCCAGCUAGAUCAGGAUGAAAUUGGGACUGUGAAGGCCAAGAAUAUCCUUCGAAUUGUACAUGAGGAGCACAAGAGUGCCCUAGAAAUGUUCAAGGACAUUUCCUUCUCCUUCUGGCACACUUACUUCCACAAACUCCUAACCAUAAUGAUGUACCUCUGCUUCACCUUCUUCGUCUUCUCCUCGAUCAACGCAAACAUCGUGGUCGCUCUCUUGUGCGCCAUCGCCAUGGUUUGGGAAGUCUUUAUUCUCUGCUACUUUGGCCAGAUCGUGAGGAAUUCAUCGGAAACCAUGGCUGACGCUCUCUACAUGACCAAAUGGUACAACAUGGACAUUUCAGAUCAGAAGAAUGUUCUGAUGCUCAUGAUGAGACUCAAGUACCCAUUCAAAGUGGAGACUUUUGGAUUCGGCAUCAUUUCCAUUUACACAUUUGUGCAGGAGCAAAAGUGGAGGAGGAAAAAGAAAUUGAUCGUCCCACAGAGCAUUUCUGCAUGUGUCAAACUAACACUCGUCUCAUUUGUAGGUCAGAAGCCCGAAGAGGAGUACAAAUGCCCAAUAGACGUGGGCAAUGGUAACUAUGCAGACCCAGCGACGUGCAAGAGAUUCUACCAGUGCGUCGAUGGAUAUCCCUAUAUAAAUCGCUGCCCUUCCGGUCUGUACUUUGACGACAUCAACAAAUACUGCACGUUCAAGGAUGAGGCGCGGUGUGGGCCAAUCGCCACGACACCUGCGCCAGUCACAGACACUCCACAGGACUUGGCAGUGAAGUGCAAUCCCGCCGAUUGCGAACUUCCCUACUGCUUCUGCUCGAAGGACGGCACGAUAAUUCCGGGUGGACUUGAUCCGGAUGACACUCCACAAAUUAUCAUCCUGACAUUCGACGGAGCGGUGAAUCUCAACAACUUUGAGCACUACAAGAAGGUGUUCAACGGGAAGCGCAAGAACCCGAAUGGAUGUGCCAUCAAGGGCACCUUCUUCAUCUCGCACGAGUACAGUAACUACCAACAGAUCCAGACACUGGCGUCGGAGGGCCACGAGAUGGCCACGGAGACCAUCUCGCUGCAGCAAGGACUCCAGGACAAGGGCUACGAGGAGUGGGUGGGCGAGAUGAUCGGCAUGCGUGAGAUCCUGCGUCACUUCUCCAACGUGACCACCAACAGUGUCGUGGGCAUGAGAGCGCCUUUCCUCAAGCCCGGCCGCAACACACAAUACAAAGUGAUCGAGGACUUUGGCUACAUCUACGACAGCAGCGUCACCGUUCCACCCCAAUCACACCCCGUCUGGCCCUACACACUUGACUACAAAAUCCCACACGAGUGCAAGAGCGGCACGUGUCCCACGAAGUCCUUCCCGGGCGUCUGGGAACUGCCCCUGAACGCCCACUACGUGGAGAGCUUCGAGGGCGGCCACUGUCCUUACCUCGAUCAGUGCGUCCUGCACAACCACGAUCCCACCGACGUCCUGGAGUGGCUGCAGGAGGACUUCGCGCGCCACUACGAGCAGAACAAGGCGCCCUACAUGAUGGCCUUCCACACCAACUGGUUCCAGAUCAAGGAGCUGGAGCAGGGACUGCACAAGUUCCUCGACUGGGCAAACUCACUGCCCGAUGUGUGGUUCGUGACGGCAACGCAGGCCCUCCAAUGGAUCACGGACCCGAAGCCGGUGAAGUCCCUGAACAAGUUCGAUGCGUGGGAUUGCAAGAACAGCGUCCACGCCGCACCAAAGCCCUGCAACAUCUCCAACAAGUGCGCGCUGGCCUUCAAGAGGCCCCCCAGCAACAUCACAGACACGCGCUACAUGGAGACCUGCACGGAGUGCCCCAACCAGUACCCGUGGCUCGGCGACGCCGAAGGCACCGGCGUCCCGGGACGCGACAAUUACAUCUACAGCUCCGACAAGGAGCCCCAGAUCACCAACUGAGCGUUGGCCGCGCAGUGUAGAAGCGUCGGAAUAAAG